ACACAGUAUGAAACUUUAACCUGUUGGUGUUAUUCACAAGCAAACAUUUCCUUGUUUGCUUAGAGGUUAACUUGUUCCUCAGUCCAUGUGUUCAGUGAAGGCAAAGAUCACUUUCAGCAUGUCUGGAUUAUACAGCAUAGAAGUGACUCCACCUCCUCUGGGUUUGGAAGCAGCGCAUGCAACACUAUUUACCAGUGAAUCGCUCCACUUUCUUCACGAGCUAAUUUCCACAUUUGCUGAAGAGGUGGAUCGGGUCCUGUUGCUGCGAGUCUUCAGAAAGGUCCAUCUUGACCUUUCAGGUGACCUGCCGAGCUUCCUCGAGGAGACCACAUAUAUGAGGAGCGACCCUACCUGGAGGGUGCUUCCUGUACCUCCUAGACUCCAAAAAAGACAUGUGGACGUUGGAGACCUAGCCCCCUGUGAUACCAAGCGCUUUAUUGAUGCUCUUAAAUCACCUGCACAAGGCAUACAGGUGGACUUUGAUGAUGGGAACUGUCCUACAUUUUACAAUCAGAUCAAAGGAAUUCACAAUGUGGUCAAGGCAGUACACAACCAGUUUUCCAACGUACGCAUUUCUCAGGGACCUGUGCUAAUGCUGCGUCCUCGUGCAUGGAACAUGACGGAGCCUAACUUAAUGGUGAAGGGUAAACAGGCUCCUGGUCCUCUCUUUGACUUUGGACUUAUAAUGUUUCACUGUGGAAAGAUGCUCCAUGAAAAUGAAAGUGGACCUUUCUUCUACCUGUCCAAAGUUGAGAGUCACGUGGAAGCCAGACUAUGGAACAAAAUUUUCGUGUGGACCCAGGAGAAGCUCAGCCUACCACUGGGCAGCAUCAAAGCCACUGUGCUAAUUGAAAACAUAUUAGCUGCCUUUGAGAUGGAAGAGAUUCUCUAUGAGCUGCGUGAACAUUCAGCAGGGCUCAACUGUGGCAUGUGGGAUUAUUCUGCCUCCUUUGUUAGCAAGUUCGGACACCGGGAGACCUUUUUACUGCCUGACCGUUCUAGAUACAUAAACAUGGAGGCACAGUUUCUACAUAGUUACAUGGAUUUGUUGGUUCAGACGUGCCAUCGACGGGGAGCCUUGGCCACGUCAGGAAUGGUUGCAGUUCUUCUCCCUCAGGACCAACAUGGUGUAACUUAUCAAACAAUAAUGGCAGCUGUCAACAGACAGAAGCUGUUUGAGAUCAAGGCUGGUGUUGACGGUUUCCUAGUGUAUGACCUGGAUUUGAUUGAGCCCAUGCAGAAACUUUUUCAACAUCACACUGACGGUGAUAAUCAGCUUCAGCAACUGCGCCGUGAUGUAAUUGUGACUGCCGUUGAGCUAGUGACCAUGCCUGAGGGUGGAGUCAACUAUAAUGGUUUGAAGUACAAUAUUACAGUUGUUGUCCUAUUCUUCAACGCUUGGCUCUCUGGUAAAGGCUUGUUUUUCUACAAAGGGAAAGUUGAAGAUUCGGCCACAGCAGAGAUUUCCAGAUCACAUGUAUGGCAGUGGAUCCAUCAUCAGGUUCAGCUGGAGGACGACAGAAGGACAGUGAACAGGUCACUGGUGACUGAAAUAACAAAAGAGGUCAUGAAGGAGCUCAAUACACAGUGUCAUUCUUUAAGGGAUAAACAGAGGCUGCAAACAGCAGCACAGAUGUUCCUAGAGGUUGUCUUGAUGAGAAGAUUCCCAGAGUUCAUCACCACCUACUUAAGUCAAGAUCACACCUUCCUAAGCUGCACCGGACAGGCGAUGGCUUUGGGCCAUCAGUCAAACUUGUGAAGGUCAAGCUGGAUGUCUUGACCUUCACAAGGAAAUAUUGGGUUCUGGUUGGUAGAAGAUUUUUUCUCUUGUUAUUACAUCAUUGUUUCACAACCUUUUCUGAGUCACAUAUUUUACAUUUUCACUAUUUUACCCCAUACACAAAUGUUUAUGUAGAAAAAUGUGAAAUUUGUCUAAAUCUACUCUUAAUGUACUUACUCAAUGGAAAUCCUAUGCCUGUUUUGUAGAACACACCUCUGAUAUACUCACAGGAAUUGAAGAAAAAUGCACACAACAAGCUCCGAGCCUCUCUUUUUUUUUUAGCUUUUACAGCCAUCUGCUGUCAGCUAUUGGAAGAGUAAAUAAUUGUUCUUUCUGGCACUGUUGCAUAGAACAAAAACAAAUUAUAUGCAGAAUAAAAACAAUAUUUUUCAGACCAAUUAAUGCAUAGGUUAGAACUUAUUAAAACGUGUUCAAAUGAAUAUAUAUUUAUUAUUCAUUUUCAUGUUGUUAUUUGUUUUCAAUUGUAUGAACUGUCUUUCUGUUAUCUCUCUUAUAAGUAGGCCAUUGACCUCUGAGUGGGUUUGUCUUAUUAUUUACUUAUUACUUCACUAACAAAUAUCAACAAGGGUUUCGUCUUUUAUUGCAGUUGAAUUAAUUAAAUAAUCUAAAAGCUA